AUGCCUCUUCAAGACGUUAAGACACGCUGGAAUUCUACCUUUCUGAUGCUUCGACGUACAAAGCGCCUACGAUCAUUUUUCCAGCCGUUCUGUGAUGAGUAUGAGCGCCCUAAGAUGCGCCAGGUUGAUUACCUUCUCUUUAUCACCCAGCCCUUUUUUGAUUUCACAGUUGAACUAUCCAAAACGCGAGAUGUUACUACAUAUCAUGUCUUUCUGAUCUACAAUAAGCUAUUUGAGCACCUUGAGCUAUCAAUCACCCAGCUCACACGGAAGAGGACUACCUGGAAGCGACAGAUGCUUCAGGCGUUACAAGCUGCUCGAAAGAAGCUUGAUGAGUACUACUCGGAGACAGAUCAUGUACGAGGGCACCUUUAUGCAAUAGCUAUAAUGCUUGCUCCAGCGAAUAAGUUCCAAUUCUUUCAAACUGAUGAUUGGGAUGAUCGUUGGCGUGCGAUAUACCGCAAAUCUCUCGAAAAGCAGCUAGCUUCUUACAAAGAACGCCUUACCAACCAAGCAACAUCUUCUCAAUCCCUUUCGUUAGGGGGAGGAAGGUCACGUCUUGACUUAAUGGUGAAACCAAACCGUCCCCGUUCUACCAUAGCGGGCGAUGAGCUUUCACAAUAUCUUGAUAGUGCUACGAUAGAUACGACACCUUUGGGAUUUUGGAAGGAUAAUGCUGAUCGGUUCCCAGCUCUUGCAGCCCUCGCUCGGGAUAUACUUUCAGUCCCUGCGACCGGUGCGGGUGUUGAACGAUUAUUCAAUACAGCUCGAGAUAUUUGUCAUUAUCGUCGGGGAAGAUUAAGUGCAACAACAAUCCAGGAGUUAAUGAUGUUUCUCUGCACUUCGAAGUUUGAGAUUGAGGAGGAACAGGCAGCGUUCCUACAGGAGUUCUUUACGCGCGACGAGAUUGAAGCAGCAAAGGAGGAGAGGGAAUUCACACCUGAUAGCGUGAGCGUCGAUCCGAUUAGUGAUACGGAAGAAGAACAGACCCAGGAAGAGGAAGAUAUUCAAGGUAGAGGGGAUAUACUAGUUGGAGCUAACAAUAGCACCGACCCUCCUCUGCCUUCUAAUGAAGAGGAAAGCACUCAGCUACGUGCUUCAGUACGAGCUCGGAAACGUGUACGACGUGACGAGGAUCUAUAUACGUAUUAUUAG